AUGGGUGUCAUGGGGACACGAGGAGCUGAGGGCCGCGCCCCGGGGGAGGUGACCCCCCUGGAGAUGACCCCCCUGGAGGUGCCACCUUCUCCACCUCCUCCCGCAGGCUCCAACUACUACGUGCGCAUCCUGAGCACCAUCGACCGGGAGCUGCUGAAGCCCAACGCCUCGGUGGCCCUGCACAAGCACAGCAACGCCCUGGUGGACGUGCUCCCGCCCGAGGCCGACAGCAGCAUCAUGAUGCUCACCUCAGACCAGAAGCCGGACGUGAUGUACGCGGACAUCGGGGGGAUGGACAUCCAGAAGCAGGAGGUCCGGGAGGCCGUGGAGCUGCCCCUCACCCACUUCGAGCUCUACAAGCAGAUCGGCAUUGACCCCCCACGGGGCGUCCUCAUGUACGGCCCCCCCGGCUGCGGCAAGACCAUGUUGGCCAAGGCUGUGGCCCAUCACACCACAGCCGCCUUCAUCCGGGUGGUGGGCUCGGAGUUCGUGCAGAAGUACCUGGGGGAAGGUCCCCGCAUGGUGAGGGACGUCUUCCGCUUGGCCAAGGAGAACGCCCCGGCCAUCAUCUUCAUCGACGAGAUCGACGCCAUCGCCACCAAGCGCUUCGACGCCCAGACCGGAGCCGACCGGGAGGUUCAGCGCAUCCUCCUGGAGCUCCUCAACCAGAUGGACGGCUUCGACCAGAACGUCAACGUCAAGGUGAUCAUGGCCACCAACCGGGCGGACACGCUGGACCCGGCGCUGCUGCGUCCCGGGCGCCUGGACAGGAAGAUCGAGUUCCCGCUGCCCGACCGGCGCCAGAAGAGACUCAUCUUCUCCACCAUCACCGGGAAGAUGAACCUCUCCGAGGAGGUGGACCUGGAGGACUGUAUCCUGGGG